UCUCUCUCUCUCUCUCUCUCUCUCUCGGCACAACAAACCAAGCGACGCGACGACGGGGCCGCGGAGCUUUUCCGCUUGUGUCGUUGAAGCUGCCGAACUACGUUUCCCGACGUGCUCCACUCUCAAGGCGCCGCCGCUGGCGGGAUCCUUUGCCAUGACAUCAUCGGACGGGGCGGAGCGAGGAGGGCCGGGAGAGGCGCCCCUCGAAACCACGGCAACUGUGCAUCAACAAAGAGUGUUCGAGGGCGGGAGGAACCAAGCGCUGCGAGCAUGGAGGGCUGGGAAGAGAGGGGCGAAGGAGGCGGUCUUUCCUGCUGAGCCAACUAGCCUUUCUUGCGUGGGGGAGGGAGAGCGAAGGAGGGAGGAAAGCGCGAGGGAAGUGUAAGACAUCUGAACAUUUUCUAGAGUAGAAAGUUACCAUACAGAAGUAAACAUGCCUUCUGAAACGGGAAAAACAGACAUGGAGAGGAUUGGCCUCUUCAGUGAAAUGGAAUAUAUUACCAUUGGUGAUAAAUAUGCCUCACCAUUUAACCGCCCUUUUAAUGAAGCUGCAAGCAAGAAUAAACAAAUGCUACCCGGUGGUAGCAAAGAGAAAGGAGGCACCCAAGCAGGAUAUUUUGAUCUUCAGUUUUCACGGGUUUUUGAAGGUGAAAGUUAUUCAAAUCCUGUUCAGUUAAGGAGAAGAUACCGAUUGGCUGAGUCAAAAAAAAACCUGGGAAGCAGACCUUUUCUUCCCAGUAAUGGAGAGAAAUUGCCGUGUGGUAUAGGAACAUACUAUGGAACAAUUGGUGGCCCAUGUGCCUACUUCAGUGGUCAAUCAAAAGAUAAGAUUCCAUAUGUACAACCAGGGAAAAAUCUAUAUACCAAUCCAGGGAAGAAAGGAACUGGCUAUGGGUAUCCAAAUCUCACCAUAGGUAAACCAUACAUGCAUUCAGUUGAAUUAUAUGACAUAGGAAGAAUAAAUUUUAAGAAAAUAUCUGAAGAACAUCGUCAUCUGAUGAAAGGUGGACCAUUCAAGCUAAAUCUCUUUCCCCGAGAAUAUUUUGAUAUGAAUCCUUACCAUGAUGACAAGCCGUUGCCUGCACCAAAAAAGCCACUUACAAAAAUACCAGUUCAACAACCUUUUAAACCAAGCUCUCCAGCUAAAAAGCCAGGAGGGAUGAAAGCAGGCACGUUUGAUCCAUUUCCAACCCAUACUGCAGACCCAUAUGGGGUUAGGUUGCCCACGGCUGUCACAACUAAUAAACAAGGAACAGUGUUUCACCCUAACCCUGGUACUAAGAGCAGACCAGUAAGAAGUAUUAUGGCCUUAAACAUUGAAAAAUCAUUAAAUGCAACUAAUUACACGAAUCCCCGUGUGAUGUCAUAUUAGCUGCACAAAAGCAAGGUGAAUGAACUUUCUGGACUGCAAACAGUAACAGCUCAAAGAAAUAAAAGUUUUGUGGCUGAGGGAAAUGUGUUAGAUAUAGCUAUCUACCUUGAGGGUUUUAUAAAUAUAAGAACUAACUGAUAAGAUAUUUACUGAUGAUAUGUAUAAAAUGUAAACUAAAAUUUGAUAUAAAUGUUAUUUAAGUUGUAUGUAUCAGAUAGUAAACAUUAUUUUUUGGUUAAGUUUUUUUCCUACCUUGAA